ACAUGCUAGUUGUAUAGACUAAGCAUUGUUUACGUUUUCGGUUAUCACAAAGUUGCGCAUCCGCAAAUCAACAAACAAUUUCUUUUUUUCUUCUUUUUACAAACAAAAUAAUUUUACUUUAAGAUGAUUAACAUGAAUCAUUUUGAAAAAUGGGAGUUAGAAAGCGAUUUAAAAGCUGCAAAGUCAAAGAGUGCAAGUGAGAAAUCUACUGCAACAGAUUUUGGCAUUGGAAUAGCUGCACAGUUAGGUGUAAGAAAAAAAAGUGUGGAUGAUAAAAAAGUCAAUGUAACAAAUUUAAAAAGAAAUAAACAUGAAAUAAUUAAUGAUGAAUUAAGGAAUGGAGCCGGUGAUGUAUUUUACUCCAACUGGUAUGGUUGGUUAAAUAAGAAGCUCAACAGCAUCAAUGAGUUUACCUGCGUGUUACGUAAUAUGCCUGAUCCAAUAUAUGCGAGAGAGUCACAAUGGAUUACUUUCAUGCAUGAUGAACUUCUUAUUGAUGAACAUACACUUAUUAUUGGUCAUAGCAGUGGUGCUUGUGCAGCAGUUCGCUAUGCUGAAAAGUUCAAAGUUUAUGGUGUUGUCUUUGUCAGUGCUUAUGCUUCCGAUCUUGGAGAUAGUAUAGAAAAACAAAGUGGAUAUUUUGACAGACCUUGGCGAUGGGACAUGGUGAAGGCAAAUACACAAUGGAUUUGUCAAUUUGGCUCAAUAGAUGAUCCUUACUUACCUUGGAGUGAGCAAAAAUUGGUUUCAGAAAGCCUAAAUGCAGAAUUGCAUGAGUAUAUUGAUAUGGGUCAUUUUAACCAGUCAACAUGUAUUGAAAUUUUUGAAGUUAUUAAGAAACAUCUUUUAAGUUGUUAGUAAAACAAUAUAUAAAAUCA